AACUGUACCAAGCCAAUAGAUCAUUCCAGAACCCUGUCCACGUGUCGCCACCUAACCCUCACUCUCUCUCCCCCGAAAACCUUUAUCACCCCUCCCUCUCGCUCCUCUUCUUCUCUCAGCUCACUCUUUCCUCCUCUUCUGCGUUCAUAACCAGCCAGCCCUCGACAGUCUGCUCCCUCCUUUUUCUUUUACCUCUUCUCCGGUUAGGGUUUUCACUUUGCAAGUUGCUAAUAGAAUCAUCUGAGCCGCCAUGGCGUGCUCCUCUGCUCAAAUCAACGUCCUGGGAACUCCGAGGACGGUGUUUUUAGGACAGAGACUGGGGCAGGCGGUGCCGCUGCGAGGCUUCGUCAGCCUGAGAUCCAGCGGCGCCGUGCGGAGGGCCGCCGGUGCCCUCCGCAUAGUAAACGAGAAAGUCGUGGGUAUCGAUUUGGGGACGACGAACUCGGCGGUGGGCGCUAUGGAGGGUGGGCAGCCCACCAUAGUGACGAACGCCGAGGGACAGAGAACGACGCCGUCUGUGGUGGCGUAUACAAAGAACGGCGACAGGCUCGUCGGUCAGAUUGCUAAACGGCAGGCCGUUGUGAACCCGGAGAAUACGUUCUUUUCCGUCAAGAGGUUUAUCGGUAGGAAGAUGACUGAGGUCGACGAGGAGUCUAAGCAGGUCUCGUACAGGGUUGUUAGGGAUGAAAAUGGCAAUGUUAAGCUGGAUUGUCCUGCUAUUGGCAAACAGUUCGCCGCCGAGGAAAUCUCCGCUCAGGUUCUGAGAAAGCUUGUUGACGACGCUUCUAAGUUUUUGAAUGAUAAAGUCUCCAAAGCUGUGGUCACUGUACCUGCUUACUUUAAUGACUCGCAAAGAACUGCUACAAAAGAUGCCGGCCGGAUUGCUGGGUUGGAAGUUCUGAGGAUCAUAAAUGAACCCACCGCUGCUUCCUUGGCCUAUGGAUUUGAGAGGAAGAACAAUGAAACUAUCUUAGUAUUUGAUCUCGGAGGUGGUACUUUUGAUGUCUCAGUGCUGGAGGUCGGUGAUGGAGUGUUUGAAGUGCUAUCUACUUCUGGAGAUACGCAUUUGGGUGGUGAUGAUUUUGAUAAGAGGAUUGUUGAUUGGCUUGCUGCGGACUUCAAAAGAGAUGAAGGAAUAGAUCUAUUAAAGGAUAAACAAGCCCUCCAGCGGCUGACAGAGACGGCUGAGAAAGCCAAAAUGGAGUUGUCAUCUUUAACGCAGGCAAACAUAAGCUUGCCUUUCAUUACUGCAACUGCAGAUGGGCCAAAGCACAUUGAGACAACACUUACAAGGGCCAAGUUUGAGGAAUUGUGCUCUGAUCUCCUUGACAGACUGAAAACACCAGUUGAAAAUUCACUGAGGGAUGCAAAACUCUCCUUUAAAGACCUAGAUGAGGUAAUACUUGUUGGUGGUUCCACACGUAUACCAGCAGUUCAGGAGCUUGUGAGGAAGAUAACGGGAAAGGAACCAAAUGUUACGGUUAAUCCUGAUGAAGUUGUUGCCCUCGGGGCUGCAGUUCAGGCUGGUGUAUUAGCUGGAGAUGUGAGCGACAUUGUAUUGUUGGAUGUGACACCACUAUCACUGGGUUUGGAGACCCUUGGUGGCGUCAUGACAAAGAUCAUUCCGAGAAAUACCACUCUACCUACCUCGAAGUCGGAGGUGUUCUCAACUGCUGCAGAUGGCCAGACGAGUGUGGAAAUUAAUGUUCUUCAAGGGGAGAGAGAAUUUGUUAGAGAUAACAAAUCUCUUGGCAGCUUCCGUUUGGAUGGUAUCCCGCCUGCACCACGUGGUGUUCCUCAAAUUGAAGUGAAGUUUGACAUUGAUGCCAAUGGGAUUCUCUCGGUUGCUGCUGUUGACAAGGGCACCGGCAAACAGCAGGAUAUCACCAUUACCGGUGCGAGUACGUUGCCCAAUGAUGAGGUACAGAGAAUGGUUAACGAAGCAGAGAAGUUUGCUAAGGAGGACAAGGAGAAGAGAGAUGCCAUUGACACAAGGAACCAGGCAGAUUCUGUCGUCUACCAGACUGAGAAGCAGCUGAAGGAACUGGGUGACAAGGUUCCAGCCCCAGUUAAAGAAAAGGUUGAGGCAAAACUGGGAGAACUCAAGGAAGCUAUCUCUGGUGGCUCAACCCAAGCUAUAAAGGAUACCAUGGCUGCCCUCAACCAGGAAGUCAUGCAGCUUGGACAGUCGCUAUAUAACCAGCCUGGCGCCCCUGGUGCUGGUGCAGAGCCAACACCACCAGGUGCCGAAGCUGGGGCUUCAUCAUCAUCAUCAUCAUCAUCAGGCAACGGAACGGAAGGGGAUGUUAUUGAUGCAGAUUUCACCGACACCAACUGAGCAUAUUUGCUAGGCAGCUAGUGGUUUUCGUAUUUGCUUUUCCUGCUUGCCAAAUGUGGUAGGUGUGGACAGGAUAUAGAUGGGGUAGUUGUGGUUGAUUCAUUUUUGUUUGAAAGAGAGUGGAUGUUGCUAGAAGAUAGAAGGAUUAUUAGUUACUUCACUUGAAAUUUAGUUAGUACCAUGAAAUGAUGGGAUGUUGAGUGUUACAUAUUUUGCCUCAUUUCAUAGGUUUUUGGUACAUCACUGCCGCAUGUACGAAACACAAUUUGUCUAAGAGAGUAUUCUACCGUACGAGUUACAACACAGUC